UUGAAUGGCUACAUGACCAUGAGGCCUUCUGUUGCUGGCAACCCUCCCUUCAGCUCGUCCUCUGAGAAGAGACGCUCACUACGCAAAGGUGGCUCCUAUGUUGAAACAGAUGCAGAGAGUGAGAUGUUUGACGAGGAUGGUCUGUCUCUGGACACAGAAGACCUUCUCAGUUUCUCAUACCAAGUGGCUAAAGGCAUGGAGUUCUUAGCCUCCAAAAAUUGUAUUCACAGAGACCUGGCAGCCAGAAAUAUCCUCCUGACUCAAGGAAGAGUGGCAAAGAUCUGUGAUUUUGGCCUGGCCCGGGACAUCACCACAGACUCCAACUAUGUAGUCAAAGGAAAUGCACGUCUGCCAGUGAAAUGGAUGUCUCCAGAAAAUUUUGAGUGCGUGUACACAUUUGAAAGUGAUGUAUGGUCCUAUGGCAUCUUGCUUUGGGAAAUCUUCUCAUUAGGAAACAGUCCUUAUCCUGGUAUGCCUGUGGAUGCCAAGUUCUACAAACUGAUAAAGGAAGGAUACAGAAUGGACGCUCCAGAGUUUGCACCCAGUGAAAUGUAUCAGAUUAUGAGGUCCUGCUGGGAUGCUGACCCCUUCAACAGACCCCCCUUCAGGAAGGUCGUGGAAAGGAUUGAACAACAGCUGUCAGAUGCCACAAAGCAUAUUUAUCUGAACUUCAGCUUCAGGCUUCCUGUGACACCCAGAGCCAGGGAGGAGCCCAGUUCUCAGAGCACAGCAUUACACCGUCUCAACUCAGCAGGCACUAACAGCGCUCCAACCCAGCCCUUACUGAUCCAGCACGAGGUCUUCCUGGAGGGGACAACCCUCACAGCCCAACGGGUGUAAGGACCCACCCAACCUGUCUGGCUGCCUCAUAAAGUGCCUGUAAUGUUCCGCCACAAAUAACCCAACCACUACACCCGCCCACUGCCCCGGUACCAGCGGCACUUGUUGUCAUGUGUUGCAGACGGAAUGGUAAUUGCCAUCUAUUACAAGAAAGAACAACAAAGGACGUAUGGCUUUUAUCAUUGCUAUCACUAUUAUUGCCUACUGAUUAGAGGGAGGACAGUUGGACUAAUGCUUCCCUGCUCACAGCAAAUGUUGAGGUACCGGGGAGGGUGGAGGGACAUCAGCCGUUACUCUAAAACUGUCAUUAAGUACACUAUUACACUGUUCUCUGUUUUGUUAUUUUCCGUUUUUUCAGUCACAUUUUUCCUACACAUUUCAUAAACAUUGUUUUGUUGUUUUUUAGGCACUCCAUAUAUAACUCUUACUUUCUAUCAACUGGAUUUAUUUUCUUUUUACAUUUUGUGUUUUGUUAUUCUUUGUUGUUUUUCUGUCAUGGAAAUUUAUGUAGCAUUUUUAUUUUUGGUUGGCUGUUGCAAUUGUUGGAGGAAAAAAAAAAGCACUCGAGGCACUUGAACUUCACAUCAUUCAACACACCAUGUAAUGCAGCUUUUGUUUCUUUUUAUUCCUUUAUUGUCAGUAUUAUUUCCAACUGUUCAGAUCUAUGUUUGUGAGAAGGAAAUACUUUUUGGGGGCCAAUUUAAAUUGAGAUAUCAAGACACUGGUAUAUAAGCUAUUAGACAGCAUGGUUGGUCAUGCUUAGAGUCCAUAAGUGCUUAAAGUCUUUUAGGAGAUACAUUUCUGCUCUUUUUAUGAUGGAUGUUACCACCCACAGAGUAAAAAACUGUCUUUACUGAAUCUGAUUAACACAUACUAUGGAUCAGCCCACAAUUACUCUACACACAGUUGUCUUCAGAGAUAUGGUAUAGACAUGGUACGCUAGCUUUUCAUUUAUGUGCUUGUUGACUGUAUAUGUGUACAUAUCUGAAGGUAAUGAUAAUGGUCAUUGCUAUAAUAUGAUGAGAUGGGAGGAGCUUAACAAAGGAGACACUCUGAAGCUCAUAGCUCUUAGCAUUAGUCUCAGCUUUGUUACAUUGGCAGGUAAAGCAGGUGUAUAGUUUCACUUUUUGACAGCUGGACUGCUGGAGAGUUCUCUUGUAAAGGUGUAAAUAAGUGUUCAGGUUUAUAUGGUUCCCCUCCUGCCACAUUCAGUGUAUGAUCUUUGUUUACAAGCACGAGACAGGUACUGCCAUUCCUGAGAUAUGUUUUCGUUGCUUUUCACUCUCUUUCCCUUCACGAAGGACCGGGAAACGGGAACCUUUAUGUUUUGGCUGACAGGCAGUUGGUGUGUUUUUUGCUACUCCAUGCUGCUGCUGCAGUUGUCUGUUGUGUAGUAUAUAUCAUGGUCAAGUCAGCGUGACACUCGUAUGUAUGAAAUGCCAUGAAGUGGACUGCAGUAUUCCCUAAGGUGACAAGUCAGAGGAAAACGGAGGGUCUUCAAGGCUCUUUGUUCAGAUGUCGACACUGGGUGCAGAGUUCAGUUUCAGUGUGUUGGUCAUCUCAUUGUUCUCCGGCCAGUAGCUGGUUUCCCAGCAGUCCUUCUCUUCUUUGUAUCCAGCUGUUUCCUCCAUCAGAAGUGGGACUUUCAGCACCUCUCAGCCAGUAGUCUGUAUCAGUCCAGACCAUUAUGAUUCCCCUCUUCUUCACUGGUGGAUGUUGUUGUGAAGAGCACCAGGAAAGUGUCCUGUUUGUGUGUAUGAACGUGUGUGUGUGUGUGUGAGAGAGAGAGAGUGGGUUCACGUCUGCUUGUCUUUGUGUGCAUGUCGGUAUGAAUGCUGAAUUAAAAGAUUUACUGUUAAGAGGUGCCACUACUAAAUAUUCAUCAAGUCAUUUAGGCUAUUAAAACCCCACAGUCUUACUGCUCUGUCUUUUUGUAAAUAUAAAUGUGCGUAUAUUGUAAAAUAAUGUUGACGCUUUUGAAGAUGUUUAUCUUAAUGAAGACGUGGUACAUUGAUGCAGAAUUUUAUUGUGCUGUAUUUUCUUAUGUGUGCACAGAUUUCCAACUGUAGAUUCAACUGGAAAAGCUGCUUGUAUCUCUGUCACCAUGGAAACUUAAAAAGGAGGAGAUUCGCUUUGGCAAAUGUUUUAAUUUUGGCUAAUUCAUCAUUUCAACCAGUCAUGCCAGUUCACUUGGAAUCUGCCACAGAAACACUGCUCUUAACGGUCAUAUCUGAUCACCAAUAUUAAUGGCAAUAUCAGUAAAAAUGAAAAUACUAACUAGAACUAGGAAGGAGAUAUAAUAGAGGAAUAAUAGAGAUUAUUUUUCAUCUCAUUGCUCCCCUCAGAAUUUUCCCGCAUUUUGCUAUAUAUUUAUUAAAGGCUUUAGUGUUACAGUGUAAAAAUUUGAUGUGUUGCUAUUACAUGUGUCAAUGUAAAUAAAAUUGUGUAUUAUAAAUUCCCAGUUAAA